CAAUAUCAUCUCGCGAGGCUGUGACGACACUGUGUGAGAUCUGGCCGCCUGGAACCCAGGAGCUGAACAUUUAAAAGGCGUUGCGGGACAUUUAAACAGCGACCCGGGGCUGUGGGCUGUGUUAUGAAAAUCGGCAGUGUCCCGCGCAAAGUGUGACUGUUGGGCGGUAUGCAGUAACACUCUUUAUACCAUUGCCCCUUUAAUUCUCUGCACUAUGCUACCUGUCUGUCUUGCAGUUAUGAUUGCUGCCUCUGAACUUUGGACAUUUUAGGGAUUAUGAAAUUGGAGCCACAGUGCUUUAUUAUAUGUAAAGGCCAGGUUGUGAAGACUGAUGUUCGUUUUCUUCUUCGCUAUAGUCUUACCAGUUGUUUGGCUAAAUAUGGCACAGAUUCAGCAAGGUGGAGCUCCAGAGGAGAAGGAGAAGACAACUGCCUUAAAAGAUCUUCUAUCAAGAAUAGAUUUGGAUGAACUGAUGAAAAAGGACGAGCCACCACUUGAUUUUCCUGAUACACUGGAAGGAUUUAACUAUGCUUUCAAUGAAUUGGGACAACUAAGACAUAUCCAGACUGGAGAUCCAUUUGUCUUCAAUUAUCGAGAGGAUUUACACAGAUGGAACCAAAAGCGCUAUGAAGCCCUUGGAGAGAUUAUCACAAAGCAUGUCUAUGAGUUGCUGGAGAAGGAAUGUAAUCUAGAGAAAGUGUAUUUGCCGGUCGACGCUACUGACAACGAGCCAAAAAGUUUUAUUUUUAUGAGCAAGGAUGCAAUGAAGAAUCCGGACAAAAUGCUAGUUUUAAUACAUGGAAGCGGUGUUGUGCGAGCCGGACAGUGGGCACGGAGACUUAUAAUAAAUGAGGAUCUGAACAGUGGCUCACAAAUACCUUAUAUCAAAAGAGCAAUGAAAGAAGGCUAUGCAGUUAUUGUGCUAAAUCCCAAUGAAAACUACAUUGAAGUGGAAAAGAGCAAGGUCCAGGCAGAACAACCUUCUCCAGACAGUUCUGAUGAACCUGCUGAGAAAAGAGAGAGGAGGGAGAGAAAUCCAAAGGAAACUAAGAAACGGAGGGACUUUUAUGAAAAAUACCGGAAUCCCCAAAAGGAAAAGGAUACCUUACAAGUGUACAUCAGAGAUAAUGGCUCUCCAGAAGAACAUGCCUUAUAUGUAUGGGACAAUUUUAUUUCAAAAGCACCUGCUGAAAAUGUAUUAUUUGUUGCCCACAGUUAUGGAGGCCUUACAUUUGUAGAACUGAUGAUUCAACGAGAAGCUGAUGUGAAAAAUAAAGUUACUGCUGUGGCUCUGACAGAUUCUGUGCAUAAUGUGUGGCAUCAGGAUGCAAAUAAAACACUUCGGGAAUGGAUGCGAGAGAACUGCUGUAAUUGGGUGUCCAGCAGCGAACCUUUGGACACAGCAGUGGAAUCUACAUUACCGGACUGCCCACGUGUAUCAGCAGGAACAGAGCGCCAUGAGUUGACCUCCUGGAAGAGUUUCCACUCCAUCUUCAAGUUCUUUGACGAAGCCCUGGAAGGGAAGGACACAAAGAUCAAGCCAACACCUACCAGGCGCUCUAACAGAAUAAAGCAUGAAGAUCUGUAAAAUGCACCCUACGGGGUGGGGGGGGGUGACUGGGAUCCUCCUCGAGUCCUCCACAAGCUUAGUUUUUCCACUUUCUCAUGUGUCAUUAGAUUGUUUUCCUCCUAGAGCACAGGGUCAUGAUGUAUACAUUUAAAUAGCGUUUUGCAUUAUUUCUACAUGAGUGCAGCUGUCAAAGCAAUAUGGCUUCACUGGUUGUGCUUCCUGUGGACUGCUGCUUGGAUUCUGUGCCGCCCAUCAGAGCACAGAUUAAGGCUGACAGUUGCACUGGGCUGUACAGCAUGGUGCAAGUCUAAUUGCCCUUCCAUAGCCCUGCACUGAGCUGAUGCCAUAGUAGCUUUGCUUCUCCAGUGCCCCCACAUUUUUAACUCAGUGUUUAUCCUGCUUAACUCCUACUGCGCUAGGCAGGACCCCAUGUCUUCACAAUAUAGCGAAGAAGACUAUUUUAACCUUAAUUACCCCCAUUUCAUCUUCUCUCUUUCACAAGCAUGAUUACUUUGUGAUUUGCUUUCUGACUUACAUUUUAUAUUGAAGAUGGGGGGGGAGGUGCCGGCUCAUUUUUACUCAACUGUUUCACGCUGAUGGAGAAAAUAACAUGUUCCAGUGACAUUGUACUGCCAUUUAUACCCCCCGUUCAUCCAGAAAAGAGAUCGGAGCCCCAUGAGCAUUAUUUUCCUUUUAUUUAGUAAAUCUCAUGGGCAUCUUGCUUCAAAAAAGCCAUCGCCGGACCAUCCAGCAGUGAAAAUGUUAAUGCUUAAUACUUUAACCAGUUAGCAGUCUCAUCCUAGUGGGGGGUUGCUUUUCCAACCUUACUUAUACUGUUAACCCUUUUUUAUCGCAAAAGAAAAGGUAUAUUUUAAGAUAGGUAAGACAACGGCGGAUACUUUUUUAAGGCAUAGAUAGAUAUUUUAGGUGUUAUAUUCGGCUUUUGCUUCCAGCAGAUGUUAAAUAUGGAUGUCUCAAGGGUUUCCCUGGCACCCAUGCAGUUAAACCCACUUAAAUCAUAUCAAUGUUGCUUAGCUACUGAAAAAAAAAAAAAGGACCCGGGUCCAUGUUAAUAAGACUAUAAAUAUUUCAUUAUUUGUAUUUGUAUCUCCUCCGGUUUUAAGGCCACUGACCUCCAUUUCCAUGGGAAGUCAACCCUUAAAAUAGCGAAUCUGUUUUUUUUUUUUUUUUUGGACCUAUUUUUUUCUCUUAAAAAACAAUUUUUCUCAGUGGCAGAAAAUCUCAUUUUAUCGUUAACCCCGUCCUUUUACAAAUUGUAUUUUAUUUUUUUCUAACUCUGAAACACUGUGAAGCACACAGGCAAGAACGUGGUGCAAAUUUGGUGUUAAAUGUAAAGAUUAUUCCGCUGAUGAUCCAGACAGGAAUUUUAAAGCUCGCUUCUAAUGGAUGUACACGGCAGCCUCUAAUUUAUGCCUUUUUUUUUUUUUUAAGAUGAAUAAUUUGCUUUCCACAUUACUGUCUGUUACCUUCGCAAAUGUAUUUUACACCUUUUAUCUCUUUUUUUGGGGCUGAAAUCAUUAUUUUAAGCGCAGUUGCUGAUCUUUGUAGUAUACACAGUCCAAAUGAAUGAUCACAUCGGUGUCCCUUGGAUUUUACAGUACUGCUCAAAAAUGCUUUUUUUUUUUUUAAUUAAAACAAGUGUUUUUUUUUGUACAGAAUACAUUUUAACCAAUACAUUGUAUAAGAGAAUUCCAAAAAUAAAUGGCCAAACACAGAAA